ACCAAGAAACCCAAAAAUAACCACGACGGAUGAAACUGAAGCCACGCGUGAGCCCGGAACGCUUUUGCCAUCCGCCGGGCCCCAGGGAGUUAUCGCAUCAUUCGUGUGUCGUGGGGGGUGGGGGGGGGGGCAGAGACAUCAUCUAUCGAGCCGGGGGGGUGGUGGGGCGUUGGCGGUGCUGAUGAUGGUGGCGGUGCUGAUGCUGAUGAUGAUGAUCUCCGCGCGCAUCGCUCUGCCGUGAAGGAGCCAGCGAGUGCGCUGCGUUGCAUCGUCCGCGGAGGGAGAAGAGGAGGAGGAGGAGGAGAGAGAGGGGGGGGCGACGGAGAGAUUUUCCUGUCGCCCGCCUAGCCGCUUCCCCGACGGCAUGGACACAGCGUGAGAGGAGGAGGAGGCGGCGUCCACGCUGUGUUGAUUCGCCGGUGUUUCCCAUCGCGUCGUCUUCGCCGGCGUCCGUCCGUCGUCGUCAAAGCGAGUCUCGCUGCGACGGGCGAUGGAGCGCGCGCAGCGCACGAGCGGCCUCCACAAGCUGAGCGACGAGAGCCUGAGCAAGGAGCCCGAGGAGGUGUUCGAUGUCCUGGAGAAACUGGGAGAGGGGUCGUAUGGGAGCGUCUACAAGGCCAUCCACAAGGAGUCGGGGCAGGUGAUGGCCAUCAAGCAGGUGCCUGUCGAGUCCGAACUGCAGGAGAUCAUCAAGGAGAUCUCCAUCAUGCAGCAGUGUGACAGCCCCUACGUGGUGAAGUACUACGGGAGCUACUUCAAGGACACGGACCUGUGGAUCGUGAUGGAGUUCUGCGGGGCCGGCUCCGUCUCCGACAUCAUCCGCCUGCGGAACAAGACGCUGCGCGAGGACGAGAUCGCCACGGUGCUCAAGUCGACGCUGAAGGGCCUCGAGUACUUGCACUUCAAGCGCAAGAUCCACCGCGACAUCAAGGCCGGCAACAUCCUGCUCAACACCGACGGCCACAGCAAACUCGCCGACUUUGGGGUCGCGGGCCAGCUCACGGACACGAUGGCUCGCAGGAACACGGUGAUCGGAACGCCGUUCUGGAUGGCGCCCGAAGUGAUCCAGGAGAUGGGCUACAACUGCCUGGCGGACGUGUGGUCGCUGGGCAUCACCGCCAUCGAGAUGGCCGAGGGAAAGCCGCCCUACGCCGACAUCCACCCCAUGCGGGCCAUCUUCAUGAUACCCACCAACCCGCCACCCACCUUCCGGCAGCUGGAGCUCUGGACGGACGAAUUCGUGGAUUUCGUGCGGAAGUGCCUGGUGAAGAACCCGGAGCAGAGGUCCACGGCCACCCAGCUGCUGCAGCACCCGUUCAUCGUGGCGGCCAAACCGGUGAGCAUCUUGCGCGAGCUCAUCACCGAGGCUAUGGCGAUGAAGCCGAAACGCAACGAGCCUCUGCAAGCCGACCAGGUCGCAGACUCGGACAACUCGGCCGAGGAAGAAGACGAUGACGACGACGAAGACGACGACGAUGACGACGUUGGCCGCACAAUGGUGCGCACGGCGGUCAAGGGCGGUGUCAUGGACGCGGGCGGUGCCACUCCGAGGAAGGUGGUCACUGGGGCGGGCACGGCCACCGCGACGGCUGCCGCUCGAUCAGACGCGGAGCACGGGGCCGGGCUGCUGAGCAGCGAGCUCAACACGAUGGUGAUCAACAACGAGCAGGAGGAGGAGGAGGGGGACGAGGCAGCGGGGGGGCAACACGGCCGGACUGGCUGCGGCCAUCACGGCCGCGAGGCCGGGCCAGAGCAAACCCUGCGACCGUGCUGCCUGCAGUACGCGGAGCGCGCCGAACCGGACGGGGACCCCGGCGGAGGCCUCAACGGCCGCGAGGGCCACUACGGCGCCGCCGACGCGUGGAGGCCCCCCCUGGACGCCUGCUUUGACUUCUUGAGGAACCUGAGCCUGGAGGAGCUGCACAUGAGACUGGGUGCUCUCGACCCCCUGAUGGAGCAGGACCUGGAGCAGCUGCGCCGACGCUACCAGGCCAAGCGGCAGCCCAUCCUGGACGCCAUCGACGGGAAAAAGCGACGCCAACAGAACUUUUGAGCGGAGCCUGCCGGUCUGCAGGGUGAAGUUCUCAGCCACGCGGGGCGUUGUGAUCGAGCCAUGACAUCGGACAGCCGACUACAACAACAACAAGAAUCACCGAUCAGAGAUGUCGCCACCCCCCCCCCCCCCAUCAAUUGUAUUUGGAAGCAAAGCAAGCACGUGGCGUCAUGUAUUUGCCCGCCACAUGUGGGUCGUUGCGGAUUGCGAAAAGAUGUUUGAAUUCGUAGCGAUGCGACUCGGUCGAACCGGCACAGCCAGCUACAGAGUGGAUCGGGAAUUCAUCUUGGAAAUGUCGAUGAAUUGGCACUGGGUGUAUUGGCAAUCUAGUCAUUGGCAAUCGAUGUAUUGGCAAUACUUAGAUCGAGUCGUCGUGUAACCCACCCACCCCCCACCCGCCUUUAUUUGAUUGGCUUCACAUCAGCAGGGAUCGGUGAUUGUGUCGUAGUCGGCUCUAAUUGCACCACAUUGCCCCGCGUCGCCCAUUCGUAAAGAAGCUAAAGUUGAAACGGCGUCGAGUUUUUGUUGUUUUGUUGUUUUUGUUGUUGUUGUUGUUGUCAUUGCUACGGCGCGUGCUGCACCGCAUAAACAACAACAUUGUCGUCCUGUUUUAUUUGCUUCGUUCAAAACGCAACAAAAGUAGCAUUGCCAGAGGCGCAGGGCGGCCCCGAGCAAAACGCCGCGGUCGACGUGGCACUGGUGGGUUGAUGCUCUUUUUUUUUGUCCGACCGGUAUCGUGAUGAUUUAAGGGCUGUUUGAUGUUCGUCAUUAUAAUCGCGGUCCGCCGAGGGGCGCUGCGGGCUAAAGGAAGUUUGCACGAGGCCGUGGUCAACUUUGGAGCAGCUUUUGUGUCCGAGCGUGGUUUUUCUUUAAGUUUGAAAAAAGUUAACCUCGCCGCGCUUGGACUGACCGAGUUCGAACCACGUGGUCUUGGUCAUAAUGAAUUCCUACAUGGCACGCGUUUUAUUUACGUAUAGGACAAUGUGGAUAAGAUUAAUAAUUAAACUUGAUUAUUGUGUAUUUAUAUAGGUGAGUAACACACCCAGGUUAAUUUUAAGAUAUUCCUUUUUUUAUGUCUGCAUAUGUUUCAAUCCAAAAGUUUCCCUUUCCUUGCCGAGAUCCCCUCUCCCAGACUUUCUGGAUUUGGGCCAUCCAGGAGAGAAAGUGAGGGCGGAUGCGGGGGCUCAGACCCUGCCUGUCGAUGCUUUACUGACGAUCGCCGACUUGGGCUGUCGUUGAUUUUAAUGGCUCGGUUAACGCAACAAGCGCGUUGCAAAAACCGAAGCAAGCACAACAUUUGAAGCUUGCAACAGAGUUACAAAAGUUGGGCAGGAUGCACCGUUUAAUUUCAGCUUUGUGAACCACGGCGUUACACAAAUGUCCAGCCUGUUGGGUGAAGGUUACCCCCCCCUCCUACUCCGUGUUAGCGAAACAAUCUGGGAGGCAUUUGAUCUCUGCAGAUCGUGGAGCAUCGAUCUGCACUCUGAAUUUGGAGGCUACUACACACUCAAGGGGGCAGGUUGCCAAACUUGGCUGGAAAAUGGCUAGGGGCCAACUUUGCGAAAGUCUGAAAAAUUAUUUUGCAUAAAAUUGGUGACCCAACCCAAAGUAUUUCCAUAUCGCAAUCAACAAAAUAGUAUUUAUAUCGCAAUCUGUAAUUUUAUAAUCGGUAUAUCGUUGGUGAAGAGGGGGGGUGGUGGUGGUGAGGUUACAGAGUGGUGGCAGAGUGGUGAGCACGCUGCGCUAUGAACCCAUUGAGCUGGAUUCAAUGUCCAGCCAACGGGUAACACGAGAGGGCAAGUUGAUACCUGAAUCUGUGCCUCUUUCACCAACUCGCACUGACCGGCAGGGUGACGGAUGGUUGAAGCAAACCACGUGGUUGACACGGCGUGGGGAGGCCUUCAUCCAGCAGUGGAUUGACAAAAGGGCUUGCGUAGUAUUAUAGUUGUAUCGUUGUAAAGGUGACGGAUGUGUGACGUCACCUGAGAGAAUACGUUUCUUUCGGUUGAAUACGUCGAAGGCUUUCACGACCAAUGUUAUCUAUAGAGGUUUUUUGGGGGCGGUUAGAUCGCGUAAUUCUAGAUGUGUCUUUAAACCCGCCACCGCCCGACAAAGCCAAUUAGUUUAGUUUCUUACGUGAACACAACAUGACAAUUCGUCACUAGUACAGCAACACCGGUUGUGCAUUGCAGAGUAAACCCACAACAUUUACAAUUCGAGUGUGACGGAAGAAAACAAGCGGCAGCAUGUACAAGCACGGUGUACAUGCAUGUUGUAUGUUGGUUACCCUACGAAUAACCCAACCGGUAAUGGGUAUCUAUUGUAAUUCAUAUGCACACAUUGACCCCUCCCCUCUGGCCUUCGCAUCUGAUUGGCUUGCAAGUGACGUCAUCACAUCUAUCCCUCUAUUUAAGAAGGAAACGGAUUGCUCCACAACUCUGGCUGCCGCCUGAUGAUGCUAGUUGUAAUUACCGGCGAAACGUCGCACUCGAAUUGUAAACGUUGUGGGUUUACUCUCCAACACACCGGUGAGCUGCACUUGUAACGAAUUGGCACGCUUCGUUUACACGACAUACUACUAAUUGGCUGUGUCGGGUGGUGACGGGUUUAACGACACAUUCAUAUUUUACGUGAUCUAACCCAAAAACACUCUUAUGGACGUUUCUUUCAACUGCCAGGAUAAAUCAGCGUAAUCUGUAACUUUACAUAUGUUAAGAUAACUUUACCUUAUCGUGUUACCAAAUUAUUUAUUUAUAGAGUUCACUUUACAAAUGCGAGUAUGGUUUAAUAUGUGUACGUGUGUUAUUGCUUCCGAAUCACAUGCACUUUAAAUAUGUAUGCAUAUUUACGCGUUUGCCACUUUAAGGGUUUGUUUUUUUUAUUAUAAUAGUCGGGGUAUCCAGUGAAACUGAAACGCUUUGAUUUUAAUGUGUAAACAGAAGUGCCAAUUUGGAGGUCACUUCAAUGCUCCUUGGAAUGAUUAAUUAGAUACUUAAUUUAUUUCCUGAUUUACAACGUCAGCCUCAUAAAACAUGGCGGCCAUCACGUCCCCAUGAUUCAUCCGCGCACGACACGGCUGAGCAGCACUGGCAUUUCGACAGAACACACACACACCCAUUAUAUACGCCUGUGACCAAGGCCACCCAGAACGCUCCACGAUCUCGCAAGCUAAGCAGGCGCGAGCCUGGACAAUGGCUUCAAUGUGUGACCAGCGUGCUCGCAUCGCAGGAGUUAUAGGCUGCUGUGGGCAGCAGCAGCAGAGGGCAGUGCAGCAAUAUUCAUGGUUCCUCAAUCCUCCCACCUUAAACACCCCGGCGUUGUGAAGCAUCCAUACUC